UUUGUUAUUUUUCGUUGUCAUGGUGACGUUCACUGGCCUGCCAAUCCAAUUUUAAUCUAACCUACAAAGUAAAUCCUCUAACCAAACCAAAGUUUAGAAGGAUAUUUUCAUCAUUUUUAAACAAUGAUAUUCCUUAUUUCACAAAAUGAUUUUUCAGGAUCACAUAGUAUAUUAAUUUCAUUGAAAUGACAUCAAACGAUCGGUCGGCUUGGGCUCAAAUUGUGCUCAACAUUCAGGAAGGACAUGGGUUAGGCACUACCAACUUGCCACUUGUAAUUGUGGCAAAUUUGAAUAAAAACCGUCUAGAAUCCGAUGUCAUUCAUUCUUUCUCCACGAAACUGGAAGUUGAAUUUGUUUGGGAAGGAGAAAUGAAGGAAGUAAAAAGACUGAAACAGGCCAACACGUCGAUCAAAGUUGAAUGUUUCUCCGUGCUGAACACCCAAAAGCGUGAAAAAAUGGGCUACGUUGUUCUCAGUCUGCGACAAGCUGUUCUUAUUCCCAGGGAUAAGAAAAAUGCUACAGUGGAAUCUUGGCAUAAGCUGAUGGGUGUCAAACCAGAAAUGAAGAAAUCGGAACCAAAACUGCUUCUCACACUUAGCUUACAGGAGAAACCGGAGCAAUUUGGAAUCAAAAAUAUCGUAGCUGACACACCGGUUGAAAAGGAGGGAAAAGAAGAAAUAUCUUCACUUAUAGCAGAAAAGAAGACUACAGAAGCGCCAGCUCCCAAAAGUGAUAAUCCAACUUCUUCGUUACAAGCUGAGGUUAUUCUGGAAACGAAUCGAAUCGUAACAAUGGAUAAAGAAGAAGUAAAAUAUGGCCCAAUAACAGGGAGAGACGAUGAUUGCAAUAGGGUCAUACAUCACUAUUCACUGAGGAUAUCGUUUGAAUAUGUAAGGUUCACAACUCCAUCAACGAUCGAGAGAAUAUAUAUCAGGGUAAAUCACAAAUCGGCAGAAGUUCUAUGUACAGGGUGUGGCGAAAUCGACGUGAGCAAUAUCAGUGACAUAGAUGCUGAACUAAGACUGAAGUCGUCAGCUGACCAAAUUGAUUCUCUGCUGAUGAGUGAUUCUCUACAAGUGCAACUCUACGAUGCAACAGGGGUUGUUGCGUCGGCCAUUUUAGAUCUUGGCGAUGUCUCAACCAAGACUGAGCCCAAAUCACAUGAAAGCGAUUUGAUUUGUCAUAAAAGCAAACAAAAAAUUGGAGUGCUAGCUGCUAGAUUGAGUCUUAGAGAUUGCGGAGUUUUGUUACAACAAGCAAGGUAUGAAAAUGAUACUGAAACACAGCAGCCCAUGAAAAACAUGACAUUUGACCGCAGUGUGGCUCAACGAAUAGUGGAAGAACUAGAAGACUGGAAGGAGCGACAACAAGAACUAUUUUUAAUUGAGCUGAAGAAAAAGGAGAGCGAUCACCUGGCAAGACUCACAGCGGAAAGCAUCAAGCGCAGAAAAGAGAUGGAAGAUAACUUGUACGAAAAUAUGAACAAAUACGAAGCAAUGGCGGCUGCUUUGAACGAAGCCAAUGAGAAAAUAAAGGAGGUGGCACUACAGAACGAGGAUAAAGCGAGACAGUUGAAACUGGAAGAGGAUGACCUUCAUCGAAAAUUCAACUCCAAACUUCAAGAGCUGCGUGAAGCUUCAAAACGGAUGGAAGCUGAUGUCAAUCAUAAGUUAAACAUGGCGUCAACAGAGCGUAACGAAUUAGUGGACAAGUUAAAUCACAUGCUGAAAGCUGAGAAACGAUCGGAAAAAGUGAAAAGUGCUCUCGAAGAGGAAAUUGAAAAUCUGCGCGUGCGAACAGUGUCCAAGGAAGAGUUUGAAAAAGUUACGCAAACAUUGAGAAACGUUGAAGUUAGUCUGAAUUCUGCCCUCGAGUCGAAAGCAUUCUACAAGUCACAGUGGGGCAAAGCAGUGAGGGAAAUUCAUCGACUGAAAAAAGAACUACAAGAUGCGAUGGACCAACAACUGCAAAGGGAACGUUUGGAAGUCUUCAAAAUGAAAUUGAGCCAGCAGGCGAAAGAACAAGAGGAAGAAUUGGUGACAGACAGACUGGUGCUAACAAAUCUACAAAAGGAAACUCAAGACUUUAUAAUGAAAAAGUGUUCUACCUAUUCUUGAUGGCAAAUAGUUUCUUCUUUUGCUUGAAUGAAACUUUAUCAUUCUGUGCCUUUUUAUAUUCGCUUUUUGUACAAGUUUAUUUAGUACCUGUAAAUUAUGUAAUUUUCUCUAUAUCUUUGUCGAGAUGACAAUGGUGAAAAUAAAACUUCAUAAUUUA